AUGCCCGAAGAGUGGGCCAAAAUUUUUCCAGAACAAUGGAAAAUAGCUAUAAAGUCAUACAAAAACAAACAUGACUUCAAUUUAUUGCUACUAAAGGUGGUUCUUCAAGCUCAAGCUAUUGAUUCCUUGGCUGUGACGUGUGGCCAAGAAACAUGUGGAUAUUACAAUGUGACAGACAAAAUUGGUGUCCUGGAGCAGUCUCCUCGCCUUAUGAAUAUUAGACCUGUCAACGACUGGCGUGAACCUACAACAGUAUCAGUGGAUAUGACCUUCAGAGCAGUCCUAGAAUUGGAUGAAAAGCUGCAGAUUAUGACAACUUUGAUGGAUCUCGAAAUGAUUUGGGAAAACCAGUUUUUAUCGUGGGAUCCAGAGGAGUUUUGUGGUAUAAACUGUAUCCUCAUACCUGAGGGCUCAGUCUGGGUCCCUGACAUCAACAUAUUGGAAAUAACAGAGGAUGACUCUAUUGAUGUGCUUUAUAUGCAGUUGUAUUAUAAUGGCACAAUACGGAGGGUUAAAACUUUGAACGUGGUGACCACAUGUGCUCUUGACCUAUACAAGUUCCCUUUUGACAUUCAGAAGUGCAACCUAACAUUUGGCUUGAGCAUGAAUAAAGUGUCUGAUGUUCUGUUGAUUCCAUCCUCGAGCGCUGAGCAAGUUACAUCACUUUCACUGGAAGAAUUUUCAAAAUCAGAAUGGACUCUCAAAGAAAUCAACAUUAUUCACUUAAAUAUUACCAAGUAUGGAGAAGAAUGGAGCAAAGUCAUUUAUCAGAUACUGAUAAGAAGAGCUCCUGUUCUGUACGUCAUUAAUCUAAUUAUUCCGGCUUGCCUGCUUGUAUUAGUAGAUGUAGCAAGCAUGUUCAUCCCAAUGGAGGGCGGUGAGCGGCUGGGAUUUAAGAUAACAGUUGUGCUUGGAUUCUCCGUGCUCCUGUUGAUUUUAAAUGAUUUCCUACCUAACACUGACAAUCCACCAAUAUUAGGUGUCUUCUGCAUGGUAUGUCUACUUGUAAUGAUAAUUAGCAUCAUGGAUUCAAUCUUUAUAUCCUAUAUGCUGCACUUAUCUGCUGUGAGACCAGAGGUACCAAACUGGUUGAAGCUUUGGGUACUGAAGCGAUUGGCUUAUGUCCUUCGAAUUGCCAUAAAUGAUGAAAUAUCAGAUUCCAUGACACGUGCAGUUAAGAACAAUGCUAUGUCUGAAACUCCAGCACUUCAUGAAUCAGAGCCUGAAACUAACAAACAACUGUCAAAGGACUCCAAGGACAGUCCAGAGAUUAAACUACUCAAGAGGUUACUUUUGGAACUGCUAAUGGUCCGUCGACAUCUUAUUGUCUCCAAGAAAGAGGAGGAAGCAAAGUCAGAAUGGCACUUAGUAGCUUUUGUCCUGGACCGAUUCAUUCUCAUCCUCUAUCUGUUUAUUGUGACUAUCAUUAUAGUUAUAGUGGUGCUGGUUUGGGCCAUGUAA